CUCCCUCCCCUCCCCCGCCGGCGCGAGCGCUGUGGUGAAGCCGCCGCAUUGUUUGUGCCGAGGGGGGGAGGAGGAGGAGGAGGAGGGGAAGAUUCUCGGCCACGGGCGCCUCCGCACCCAACCCGCAGCCGGACUGCGGCCCUUGGCGACGCGCUCCGCCUCCCGCCCCGAAUGCGUCGCUGCAGCCGGAUCCAGCAACCACCACCCCCUCCUCCGCCGCCGCCGCCGCAACCGGGAACCCGCGGGCGGCCGCGACGGCGCGGGUUAUCCGCUGCCGCCUCGGUCUCCCUUCAGCCGGGCGCUAACAGCCGGAGGAGCGCCUCCGCCGCCGUUCGUUCAAACCCAGCUCGGUGUCUCGAGUAAAAAAGGAGGAGGGCCUGUCAGCCGCGUCCUUGCGGCUCCCUCAGGUAAUCAUUACCAAAUGAGGAGGAAAGGAAGAUGUCAUCGAGUAUCUUCAGCACGGCACUCUUCUUCUCCAUGCAGUAUUAAACGGUCCCCUACGAGAGAAACCUUAACCUAUGCCCAAGCGCAAAGGAUGGUAGAAAUAGAAAUUGAAGGUCGCUUACACCGAAUCAGUAUCUUUGAACCCUUAGAGAUUAUAUUGGAAGAUGAUCUUACAGCCCAAGAAUUAAGUGAAUGCAACAGCAAUAAAGAAAAUAGCGAGAGGCCACUGGUCUCUCUGAGAGCAAAGAGACACAGAAACAAUAAAGUUAAAAAGAAAAGUGAAACUCUCCCAAACACACAUGGCAUUCCACCCACUGCAAGUACUCUUCCAGAACCAAAAGUGCAUGUUGUUGAAUAUAGCCCACCUUCUGCACCUCGUAGACCUCCAACCUAUUACAAAUUUAUUGAAAAGUCCUCAGAAGAACUAGAUAAUGAAGUAGAGUAUGAUAUGGAUGAAGAAGAUUAUGCAUGGUUAGAAAUAAUCAACGAGAAGCGAAAAAGUGAUGGAGUCUCGGUUGUAUCACAAAAUAUGUUUGAAUUUCUUAUGGACCGUUUUGAAAAAGAGUCUUACUGCGAGACUCAAAAACAGGGUGAACAUCAAUCUUUAAUUGACGAAGAUGCAGUUUGUUGUAUUUGCAUGGAUGGAGAAUGUCAGAACAGCAAUGUGAUUCUUUUUUGUGACAUGUGUAAUUUAGCAGUGCAUCAGGAGUGUUACGGGGUGCCAUAUAUACCUGAGGGCCAGUGGCUUUGCAGGCAAUGUCUGCAAUCCCGUUCAAGGCCUGUAGACUGUGUACUGUGUCCAAACAAAGGAGGUGCCUUUAAAAAGACUGAUGAUGAUCGGUGGGGACAUGUUGUGUGUGCUCUUUGGAUUCCAGAGGUUGGAUUUGCCAAUACAGUUUUUAUUGAGCCAAUAGAUGGAGUCAAAAACAUUCCCCCUGCCCGAUGGAAGUUAACAUGCUACCUCUGUAAACAGAAAGGUGUUGGUGCCUGUAUUCAGUGCCACAAAGCAAACUGUUACACAGCAUUCCAUGUUACAUGCGCUCAAAAAGCUGGUUUGUAUAUGAAAAUGGAACCCGUGAAAGAAUUAACUGGUGGCAGCACAACAUUCUCAGUGAAAAAAACUGCAUAUUGCGAUAUACAUACACCACCAGGAUCUGUUCGGAGGCCUCUGAAUAUUUAUGGAGAAGCUGAAAUGAAAAAUGGCCUCUAUCGAAAGGAGGGCAUGCCCAAAACCAGGUCUACAUCAAGGAUCAGAAAAAAAGCUAAAAAGUCAAAGAAAACACUAACUGAAACAUGUGCGGUUAUGCCUGCAGUAUCUGCUCCAUGUGUCCCUCCCCAGAGAUUAAAUAAAAUUAUGAAUCAGGUGGCAAUUCAGCGAAAGAAGCAAUUUGUAGAAAGAGUCCACAGUUACUGGCUACUUAAAAGGUUGUCCAGAAAUGGUGUUCCUUUAUUGAGAAGACUGCAGUCCAGCUUGCAGUCACAAAGAAACACGCAACAGAGGGAAGAUGAUGAAGAAACACAAGCCUUAAAAGAGAAAUUGAAGUACUGGCAAAGACUCCGUCAUGAUCUUGAAAGAGCACGGUUGUUGAUAGAGCUUAUACGAAAAAGAGAAAAAUUAAAAAGAGAACAGAUCAAAGUGGAACAGGUUGCCAUGGAGCUUCAACUGACUCCAUUUACUGUAUUAUUGCGUUCAGUACUGGACCAGCUACAGGAAAAGGAUUCUGCUCGUAUAUUUGCUCAACCAGUGAAUCUUAAAGAGGUUCCUGAUUAUUUGGAUCACAUCAAACAUCCCAUGGAUUUUUCUACUAUGAGAAAACGGUUAGAUACCCAAGGUUAUAAAAAUCUCGAUGAGUUUGAAGAAGAUUUCAACCUUAUUAUUGAGAAUUGUAUGAAGUACAAUGCAAAAGAUACAAUAUUCUACAGGGCUGCUGUGCGGUUAAGAGAUCAAGGAGGUGUUGUUUUGAGACAAGCUAGAAGAGAUGCUGAAGCAAUUGGAUAUAAUAAUGAAACUGGAAUGCACUUACCUGAACGGCCUAAACUUGAAUCUCCUCCACCUUUUACCUGGGAAGAUGUGGAUAGGUUACUGAAUCCUGCCAACAGAGUGCACAUGUCUUUGGAAGAGCAGCUGAAAGAAUUGUUGGAAAAACUUGAUCUCACUUGUGCAAUGAAAUCCAGUGGGUCUCGGAGCAAACGAGCAAAGCUUCUAAAAAAGGAAAUUAACUUGAUUCGCAGCAAGAUAAGUCAGCAACAUCAUCAGCCCCCUCAAAUAGAAUCAGGUAUUGGAAGUUUUGAAGAAGAAAAUGCAGUAGUGGAACACGAAAGUGAAGAAGAAGGAGAUAAAUCUCCCCCUAAACUUGAACCAUCAGAUGCAUUACCUCUUCCUUCAAACUCGGAGACUAAUUCAGAGCCACCAACCCUCAAACCAGUAGAACUCAAUCCAGAGCAGAAUAAAUUUUACAAAAGAGUAAAAUUUGACAAUGAAUUGUGUAGUACUUCCAUUGAGAAAGAAAUAAACGGACACACUCCAGAACAUUUACUUGACAGUAAUCUCAGUGAGUCGACUGUUUCUGCUGUAGCUGAGUCAUCAACUGAUGUAAACAGACGUACAUCAAUUCUCUUCUGCAAAUCGAAAAGUGUAAGCCCCCCAAAGUCUGCAAAGAACACUGAAACCCAGCCAACUUCUCCACAGCUAGGGACCAAAACCUUUUUGUCUGUAGUCCUUCCAAGGUUGGAGACACUACUGCAGCCCAGGAAAAGAUCAAGGAGUGCAUGUGGAGAUUCUGAGGUGGAUGAUGAGUCCCCUGUAAAGCGUCUGGAUACAGGCCUUUCAAACGGUUUUGGAGAUGGCAAUAAAGAGUCAGAAAUAGCUGACACUCCAGGAAGAAAAGUUGAACCUCGUCGCCGUUGUGCAUCAGAAUCUAGCAUAUCUUCAAGCAACAGUCUGUUGUGUAAUUCAAGUUUUAGCCUGCCAAAAUGUGGGAAAGGUAAACCAGCGCUAAUACGAAGGCACACCUUAGAAGACAGAAGUGAGUUGAUAUCAUGCAUUGAAAAUGGAAACUUCGCAAAAGCAGCAAGAAUUGCAGCUGAAGUUGGACACAAUAACAUGUGGAUUUCAACGGAUGCUUCCAAUUCUGUCCUUGAACCUCUAAAAGUUGUGUGGGCCAAAUGUAGUGGCUAUCCUUCCUAUCCAGCACUGAUAAUUGAUCCUAAAAUGCCUCGUGUUGCUGGUCAUCACAAUGGUGUUACAAUACCAGUGCCACCCCUUGAUGUAUUGAAAAUUGGUGAACAAAUGCAGACCAAAUCAGAUGAAAAACUUUUUUUGGUUUUAUUUUUUGAUAAUAAAAGAAGUUGGCAAUGGCUUCCAAAAUCCAAAAUGAUUCCACUUGGGAUCGACGAAACAAUAGAUAAAUUAAAAAUGAUGGAAGGUCGAAACUCAAGUAUUCGUAAAGCUGUAAGAGUUGCUUUUGAUCGUGCUAUGAACCAUUUAAGUAGAGUUCAUGGAGAGCCAGUCAGUGACUUCAGUGAUAUUGACUAACAUAGGUUGUCACCAAGAUAUAAAACAACCUUGUGUAGAGAACUACAAAUUAACCUCUUUGUCUACAAGAAUGUAUUGAAGAUACAGCUCAGUAAUCAUUGAUCCAGUGGCAGAAUUCUGCAGACUAAACUGGUUGAGCAGCUUCUCUAAAUCACCAUUGCCAUAUUGAUUUAAAGUUUUAUCAUUAUGUUGCUGUUUCAAGCAUUUCCAUUAAAAUAUAUCUUGUUCAUAGUGUUUAUAAAAUGUAUAUAUAUGUAUAGUCAGCUCUUAACUUAUUCUGAUUUUAGAUGUAGCUUUUUAAAAUUUUCUUUCUUUUGUUUGGGAAAAAGAUAGAUUGUCGCUUCCAUUUCUUUUCACAUAAAAAGAAAUACAUAGGCACCACUAUCCAGCAUUAGGUGCUAAGGGACUUUUUAAGGAAAUAACAUCAGAUUGGUUUAGUAGAUCAUAUAUUAUGAUGCGGUGCUGCUUAUGUAACUUUUUUGUGAUCCAUAGUUUUUAACAAGGCCUCUGAAUGUUUGACUUCGCAAAAAAAAAUCAUUACUCUUUGCACAAAGUACCACAUACCUAAACUGUAAAUUUAUGACAACAAAUAAAUAUUUUAAAUAAGGAAUUACAUUAUUUUGGAGGGUACUUUGUUCGAAAUAUAACGGGAAUAAAAUUAUGCUAUAUACAUCAGUUGAAAAAAAUCUCUGAAAACACUCCACUGUUGCCCAAGAUACCAUUUUAGACAUUUGUUGUGAUUAUACAACACUGGCUUAAAGCUUGUUAAGUGUAUUAUUUCUCACAAACCCAUAUCUCAUCUAUCUCCCCUGAAUUUUAUGUGCCUCCCUGUGUUAUAUUUAUUGUAGAAAAUGUAUUACUUUGCUUUAUAAAGAGAAAUAAAUAAGAAAAGUAUAUUGAUAUACAUUUUUAUACAGGCACAUAAGACAAUUUGCUUUGAGAGAAAAAGUUGUCUUGAAAAUGGUUGUAUAAAAUAACUUGAUGGGUUGUGUGUAAUUUGACUUUUUUUGUAACUUGUAAUCUUUGCUUCAGUGAGGGGAUUUAUGUAACUUUUAAUUUUAGAACACUUUGGUAGCAAUAGAAAAUUUGGAUACAUUUUUGUAUGGUACAUGUGAUGUAUAUAGAAUUAGUACUUUAUUUUUAUUUCAAAGAGGUAAAGCAUUACAUUUAGGGAAGGAAGUGGUAGGGUGGGUUUCCAUUAAUAUCUUUUAUAUUAAAAAAUAAAGUCAACUAUUGAUUGUUGUAGCUACUUUCUUUCUAUGUUCACUGGGAUACUGAAUUUGUAACAAUGAAAAUAGCAAGUAUGUUUUCAAUGUGAUUUAUAAUGACGACGUUAUUUAUAAGUGCACUGCGUUGAACUCUUCGUUGAUAAUUUAAAUACUGUACCAAGGUAUAUAAUAUGCAACACCAAAUAAUGCAUAUGAAUGCACGGAAUAUUUAUGCCCAGCUUUUUUUUUUUAAAUAAUGGGUUAGCAAAUAUGGUAAAGCCAAUACUUUUAAAAUCUUUUAAAACCGUUUCAUUGGGUAUUCUUCAUUGUAAAACCUGCUUGAAUCUUUAUUUUAAAGCUACAGCCAAUUUUGGAAUAGUUUCUAAUGUUUUUAUUCCCUAUGGUUUGUAAUACCCCCUUCCCUUAGAGCUUGAAAUAAAAUUCCUUUCUCAAAUUA